UUUAAAGUGAAAGUGAGGUACCGCUUAACCACAUCUGCCUGUGGGAAAAAUUCAUUCUCACCUCUCAAGAACAAAUCCAGCAUCUAACAUGGAUAGAAGCACUAUUUUCAAAGAGUUCGAAGACAUGGCAGAGAAAGUGAAACAAUUGCAACCAGAAGAGAAACAGUUUAUGUAUAAGGGAACCCUGUAUCCUUCACCACUAACUUCUCCGGAAAACUUACAGGCUGUGGACAAAUUUGAAGCCAGGGCAGAUGACAUUUUACUGGUGUCAUAUCCAAAAUCUGGAUUUAACUGGAUGUUUCACAUCUUAAACAGUCUUGCUUUUGCUGCUGGUAUAAUCGAAAAGGAACAUGCACAUCUGCCACUUAUGCUGGAAUUUUUAAAACCCGAAAAUCUUCAGGCUAUUUCCAGCAUGCCUUCUCGAAGAAUCCUGGGAACACAUUUACAUCCUGAUAAUCUUCCAAAAUCAUUCAUUGAGAAGAAAGUUAAGAUUUUGGCUAUGUUACGAAAUCCCAAAGAUGUUAUCGUUUCUUACUUCCAUUUCCAAAACAACAACCCUGUUAUAGGAUUAUGUUAUACAUGGAAUGAAUUCUUCUGUAGAUUCCUAGAGGGAAAAGCUUUCUAUGGCUCCUACUUUGACUACAUAUCAGCUUGGAACAAGAAGGUCAACGAUGAAAAUGUGCUUGUCGUAAUAUAUGAAGAGCUGAAAAAAAACAUGUCCGAAGAAAUUAAGAAAAUUGCCAAGUUCUUGAAUUUCACACUUACUGAUGAGCAGAUCCAGUCAAUAUGCAGUAUGAGUACAUUUAAAUCAAUGAAGGAAAACUCUAGGAAUACUCAUGGUGAAAUGGGCAAUAUUUUAUUCAGGAAAGGUGAUAUUGGUGACUGGAAAAAUUGUUUGACUGAAGAACAAAGCAAGGCUAUAGAUGACAAAUUUGAGAAGCACCUUUUAGGAACAAAGAUUGGAGACCUUCUGAAAUAUGAUGAAUAUUGUAAAUGAAUAUACAAAUGGGAAAUCCUCUGUGUUGAUCAUAUUAUAUUUUACUUACAGUACUCUGUUUUUAAACUAUAAUGUUAUAAUGAUU